AACCAUUCCGGAUACAGCUGUUGAGGUAAACGUUUUCACCCAGACACCCAAUUUUAUGUAAUUAUCAAGUUAUUUUCAUUUAUUUUAAGAACCAGGGAAAAGUAUAGAUGUUGUUUAUUGUUUUUUAAUUGUCAGAGGCCAUGAAACGGCUAAAACGCAAGAAACAACACGUUGAAGUUCAUGGGAAUGGCUUUCUUAAAAGAGAAACAGACAUGGGAAAAAAACAGAAGUUAGCUGAAAUUCAUCAAGCUUUAAAUUGUGACCCAGUGGAUAUUGAGACUCUGAGGAGGGCAGCAGUCAGUAAAGGAGGACUUCUCACAGAUGAAAUAAGGAGGAAAGUUUGGCCUAAACUAUUGAACAUCAAUGUAUUUGAUUUACCUCCUAAACCUGGCAAAGAUGUGAGGGAGAAUCACAGAGACCACAACCAAGUGCUGCUUGAUGUCAGACGGUCCAUGAAGCGGUUUCCUAAAGGAAUGCCAGCUGCAGAGAGAGCAGUUCUUCAAGAGCAGCUCAUUGACAUUAUAUUAGACGUUUUAAAGUGUCAUCCUCAGCUUCACUAUUACCAAGGUUACCAUGACGUAGCUGUCACCCUGCUGCUUGUGGUCGGGGAGAGGAUGGCCCUCGCUUUGCUUGACAAACUCUCCAAUUUCCAUCUUAGGGACUUCAUGGAUCCCACCAUGGACAGUACAAAGCAUAUUUUAAACUAUCUGAUGCCUAUUUUAGAGCAAGUGGACACAGAGCUCCAUGAUUUUAUGAUAAGAGCGGAGGUGGGCACCAUAUUCGCCCUGUCCUGGCUGAUCACAUGGUAUGGCCACGUCCUGUCUGAGUUCAAAUACACCUUGAGACUCUACGACUUCUUCUUGGCCUCUCACCCACUGAUGCCCAUCUACCUCGCUGCUGCGAUCGUUUUGCACCGAGAGAAGGAAGUGAAGACCACCGAGUGCGACAUGGCCAUGGUCCACCACCUCCUAUCCCGUAUCCCUCAGGACCUCCCAUACGAGCUGCUCAUUGCCCAGGCACAAGAACUCUUUGACCACUACCCCCCGUCUGUUCUGGCCAAAAAGGCAGCUCUGCAGUCCAGAAAAAGUCUGUCCAUCAGCACCUUCCAGGCGUUCCAGCUCUCCACUCUGCACCAAAGACCAGACUCUGUCCUUCAGCGCCUCACUAAAAACCCAGGCUCUUUCUCCAGACAUGCCCCUUCGAGCUCCAACAUGGCUCUUCUGCCCCGGGAACCCUCCUCCUUGUGGGGGCAGGGCAACAGGGUGGUGAAGAUGGCCGUGUGGGGGCUUUCGGCGACACUCGGAGCGGCUGUGUUUGCUGUGGCUCAAACUGCGAUGGAGUGGGGACCGGAGGUGUUACUACAACUGUUCUAACUGUUAUGCGUUGUGACAAAUGAAUUUAAAAACAUGCAAACAAACUCUCCAGGCCAGUGCACAGGUGGUCCCGCGUUCAGCUGCCAAACAGGUUGUUGCUACUUGUUGUGAACUGACUGCCUACAGGGUGGGCCACUGCUGGUGUUUAAUGCAAAGCAGUCAGUAGCUGGGUUUCCAUCACCUUAUUUUAAUGCACAUUUGGAAGUAUCUUAGGUGCACUAUGUAACUUUUCUGGUGGGGGGGGUCUGCUUGUCUCCAUGGAGAUGUAAUGGUUUCGCAUGGAAUGUUCUGCAGUACAGUAUGGCACCUAUUUAUCUUGCAUUUAAAAAUAUAUGCAGAAGGACAUGCAUUCUUAAUGUGAGUGGGCCCGCCUCUCCACAGAUUUAACUUGUAACUUGGCCUGGUGGUGUCAUGUGGUGUUUCCAAGGACAGAGAUCUGUUUAAUUUUGCCAUACUGUGGAACACUCCAGGUGAAACAAUAACUUCAUAGGGACAAGAAGAUGGAGAGCACUCUAUCAGUAAAGUGGGCCUUGCUGCUAGUUUAUUUUCAGUCCUGUCUACUUUUUAUUACUACUUUUAUUUAAUUAUGAUACAAGAAUCAGACUACACAAUAUAAUGAUAAAUCUUUUUGACUGGUUAUGCCAAAUAUCUUUCUAGCAUCACCAUAAGUGAGGCACUUCCCUCUGUCUACAUCCAAAUACAUUUUUAUUAUGUUUUUAAAAAGAAUUUGUGAUUGUAAGCUGCAAUGCUAUUGAAUUUAGCUUGUAGGCAUGCCCAGUAAAAGCUAAUUGGAGUCAAUUUUACAUCUUCUAUGCUCAAUGUGGUAGUAGAUGAUUUUACCUUUUAAAUUAUAAACUAAUUUACAUCAAAUUUUGAUAGAAACCCAGCUUCUAACAGACCUACCAUUUUGUAGACCAUUGCCAUUUUACACGCCCCGUAUUAUUUCUUUGUUAGCAGUUUAUUUGGCUGAUAAUUCGCAUUUGCACAUGUUAUUUUUACAUUUCACUUUUGUGGGAUCAGGCGCCACAUCUCAGAGUCAAAAGUGCUCGUACUGCCGGCGCGAUGACACAUGAAUACAAAUUAUUUAAGAGCAGCGUUUUCUGCUGAAAGCCUGGAGUUAUAGUGAAGAAAAGCUUACAGAAAUGGGAGAGACCUUGCCUGCCAGCUAUGGGAAUUAAUUGCUUUAGGUGUCAGCAAGCUACACUGGUAAAUACAGUUAGCAUGCGUAUGCCAAUGCUUAACGAUCUCCAACAGGUACAGGCUGUGUUGAAAUUCUUAUUUUAAUAGGUAGUUUUUGUUAUUUCUCUGGCUGAACACAGGUGUCACUUUUAUAUUGUUUAAAUAUUUUGCGCCAGUUUAGCCCUGAACAUAUAUGUCAAACAGCUGAGAGCAAUUGUGAAGAAUUUUCCCACCUUUGAUGUAAAAAUAAUUUGAAUUUGUUGGGAAUAAUUUGAACCAUUUUAAUGUUAUUGAUGUUAUUGUUAUUCUCUUUUUUUGUAAAAUUUUAGGAAUAGACUGCCAACUUCUACUUAAGCUUUUUCUGCACUAAAGUUUGAUGUCAGCUUAAAGUGUGCGCCUUAACCUGAUAGUGGUAUAUGAAUAAUACAGACACAUGCAUAUGUAAAAAACACUGUAGUUUGUCUGGGCAGUAGUGACUUAAACUCUGAAAUAUUUAGCAGCUUUUACUACAUCACUGCAUCUUUUAAUACAUCUUUAAAAUGUCACAACACUUUUCAGACCACUGUCUCAAUAUGCAACUAAAGCUUAUGGAAAUCUUUCACUUAUGAACAUGUAUUUUUAAAAAGCAAUACACCCUCAGUUGCUCAAUUCAUAUAGAAUUAGAUUGAGCAUAUGAGUCAAUGAUAAGACAGGUUUACUGGUCAAUUUAUGGAAGUAUUUCUCAUAUAAUCUUUCGUUUGGUGCUUGAAUUAUGGCUUACAAAUGGCUAUCAAGUGUAUGUAAAUUUUCAUUGUAUUAUUUAUUUGACUUUUAAAUUCAGGGUAAAAUGAUUUUUUGUGAACACAUUCUUGUCUUGCUCUUUUAGUAGAGAGCUUAUUUUAAGUCAAGAGAUGUGUACAAUGAAUCAUAAUCUUAAUUGCAGGGAGAACUUUAUACAGUUAUCUUGUGUUGCUUUUGCGGGCAUGUAGUUUUAGUUACAGAUACACAAUAGCCAUUAUAGCCAGUGGUGCAAGGGUUUGCCAGAUCUUAAUGAGAAUUUAAUUUCAGCCCACGGCACUUGGCUUUGGACCUAUUUCUAGUGUAUUUUCUUUAUAUUUUCACUCUUACAUCUGCACCUGUCACAAACAUGAUUGAUGAAUACAUUAAAAUGAUGGAAACCAAACUUGAUCAAAAUUGUUGAAAGCUUGUUGGUUGUUACGAAGUUUUAAUAUCACAAGAAUAGUAACAUAGACAUUUUUUACUUGGAAAUAUAACUUUUAUGACAUCAGCUUAUUUGUCCAAUGAUUGGUUAGUAGGUGAUAUGUAAAAAGUAUCAAAUGACAGUCACCUAAACUUUGUUUAAUCUGGAUUUUAAAACACAUCUUUGGCAUCUAACAUUUUUUCUGUAAACUGGAACAACGCAAUAGGAAUUCUGGUGUUUCGAUGAGUUUGCCUCACAGUGAACUCCCACUGGGCUGAGAGGCUCUUGGGAGAUAACUCAGGUUCAAAUCCCCCAAAGACUGCACAUCACCAAAUGCUUUUAUAAAUAAAUGGGCUAAGGUCACUGGGCAUUUAAUGCAUGUUUCAGUGUAAGUGGCAGAUUGUGGUUUUAAACAUAUCAAGCGUUUUGCACCUUAAUGUAACGUGUGGAGGGAAAAAAAGUUAUUUUGUGAGCAAUAAACUUGUUUAAAACUU